CAAGUGUUGUGCCGGUGCAUCGGCCAUGGUGCUGUCAGCGCACAACUUGUUGCUGUUCGCCUACACGUGCAUGACAGUGUGGGCAGUGGGAGUCGUCGUGUGUGCCGUGUUCUCACGGCUGUGCAGGUCUGUGUUCCGGGCGUGCAUGACAGUGUGGGUGGUGGGAGCCGUCGUGUGCGCCGUGUUCUCACGGCUGUGCAGGUCUGUGUUCCGGGCCCGGAGCCUUCGUCGGCGUCGCUCUUCAUCGUCCACAGAGAUGGAUGUGCGAAUGGGCAAUGGCGGUCGUCAUUCUGACCUGCCUAUCCAGCAGGGCAUGCCGUGCGUCCAGGACCUCAACGCUUGUCCCGUCGCCGGCAUGCCACAGGGGUUGUGCUUCGAUGGCUCGCCAUCAUCGGAGGUUCAUUCGCAUCUCCGACAGCUGCCGGACCUUCAUGUGGGGUUUCGUGGUGGACGCGCUGCCCGUGUGGACGGCGGUGCGCGUCUCCCUCCUCAUAUGCUGCCUCUUCCGGAUAACAUCCAUGUGUUCAUCAGGGAAGAGGUCUACAAGGUGAUGGAUCAGUACUAUCACGAUGAUCCUUCAGCUGUGUCGAAGCACAUUCUUGAUUCGGGGAACCCGAUCGAGGAGGACUUCGGCGCUGCACCAUCAAGAAGCCCUGCCGACACCAGUGCUGGCAGCGAAUCCAUUGCCGCAGCUGCACGAGCUGGUGCAGCUAGGAGAAGAACCAAUGCACGUGCCGGUGCCAUGACGGAGUUGAAAAGCAUGCUUGUGGAUUACGGUAACCUGACGGGAGAAGCGGCGCGUGAUGCAGCGAAGGAGGCGGCGAGAAUGCAGUCUGACGAUCGCGCGAGAUCGGACAGCGACUUUCGUGAGGUGAUGACGUCUGUGGCAGACGAGCUGAGGACAAACAACAACAACCUUUGCAGCACCAUAGCCACGCUCACCGCCACUCUCCAGCAAGGCCCGCAGCCGUCCACCCAGUGACGACGACAUUGGGAGGUCUCGCUAUCUAUGCUGAGGAUGAAGUCGUGUUCGCCAUUUGUGCACGUUCAUGUGCGUGCAUUGUGAUCUGUGGCUGAGUAGCUAUUUUAUUUUAGUUGGCAACGUGGUGAUCUAAUGAGUGCGGAACUGCACAUGACACGGGCUCACAAGUGAGCUUCGACCAACCACAGACAGUGCGUAGUUGGCAUUAACGGG